AUGCUUAUCCAAAAAAAAGUGUCCCUCUACAACUCACAGAACACCCCCUCGCCAUGCCUUAUCAAAAAAACAAAAGAACACCCCCUCACUGUGCUCAUCCAAAAAAAAGAACACCCCCUCACUGUGCCUUAUCCAAAAAAAAGCUCGCAGCGUCCCUCUACCACUCACAAAACACCCACAGAACACCCCCUUGCCAUGCCUUAUCAAAAAACAAAAGAACACCCCCUCGCCAUGCUCAUCCAAAAAAAAAGCAUCCCUCUACAACUCACAGAACACCCCCUCACCAUGCCUCAUCCAAAAAAAGGUACAUUGUCCCAGCUCAUGCAGCAUCCCUCUACAACUCACAAAACACCCACAGACCACCCCCUCGCCAUGCUCAUCCAAAAAAAAAGAACACCCCCUCACCGUGCUCAUCCAAAAAAAAAGAACACCCCCUCGCCAUGCUCAUCCAAAAAAAAAAGAACACCCCCUCGCUGUGCCUCAUCCAAAAAAAAGAACACCCCCUCGCUGUGCUCAUCCAAAAAAAAAGAACACCCCCUCGCUGUGCCUUAUCAAAAAAAAAAGACUCAGAUGGUGAAGACCAAGCAGACAGCUAAGAAGACCACUGGGGGUAGAGCUCCCAGGGUAUCUCUUGCUGGUCUGAAAGCUAGGGAAAAACAUGCUGCCAAGUCAAGCAAGGCCCAUGCUAGGAAGGCCCCUGUUGCCAAGAAGAGAAGGAUGAGGAACUUGGCAAAGGUCACCCAGCUUCCUGUGACCUUCAGGUGUGUUUCCUGUCAUUGGAAAAUGACAAGAUUUGAAAGUCCUCAGCCCUAUUUUGGCUUCUACUUGUCAGGCAAGCCAGUCCUGAAACACCCUCUUGUGGUCAUUGGGGGGUUUGAGCAUGCCACCACCUCUGAAGUGGCUGGUAACUCUACUGCCAUUAUCCACCUCCACCUUGAGUCUCUAGAGCUUGGCCAUGCCCCUGUGCAUAUCCUUCACACCAUGUUGCAGGGAUAUUUCAGACAAGACACCUACCACUUCUCACAACUGCCCUUCAACUUUGCCACUGAGGAGUCCAGAGCUGCCUAUGACACUGCAGCAUCAAAGCUAGCUUCAAGUCUGACUACCUUUGCUAAGGUAGUCAUUUUCCUUACUACCCAUACUGAUGAAGACAGGGGGGAUCUGUUCUCUGGAAUGGAGAAUAAGGUUCCAAUAGCCACAGAGGUCUUUGAGUUUCUGCAAGGCCUUCUGUUACCCCUCUCCAACAUUGUCAAGGGUGGAGACCUCAUCUUCUUUCCAAGGUCCAUGUUGCUUUUUGAUGCUGAGAGACUUCAACUAGUCACCACCAUUCCCUUCCUCAUGAGUGUCCUUGACUCCACCCUUUUUCAAGGCUUCCAUGUCCAAAGUGCAGUCAGGCACUCCAACAUCAUCCUGAUGUUGUGGCAGGAGAAGGUAGUGGUGGAGAAAUUUGUCUGGACUGACAAGUUCAUCAGGCCUUGGGGACAACAAUUGCCUGCCCAGUGCCCUCAGUGUUAUAGCAUUCAGAAGUGGAAAGCUGGUUGUUCAGGGCAGACUUAUUCCUAUGAGUGCAAGAAUCCUGGCUGUGGGAAGGACACACAAGGCACAUCUCAGCCUCCCCAAACCUAUACUAUCUGCAUGUCCAAAGGGGCUACCAAACUGACACAGGGAAAGGGGCAAACAUCAUCCUGGCUGUUGGAAUCUUUGUAA